AAAAUACAAGUCGCAGAAAUGAAAACGUGGAGGAAAGAACGGUGGAUGUAAGAUAGAACUUUCCCCGUAAGAAAACCAAGAACGAGUGGCGCAUAUGUGAUGCGAUGCGAGUGACAGUGAAAUCGUAACACAAUCAAACUCAACAAAAAGAGAGAGAACAUGUCUUCAUCGUUUCCACUCAACACCAAUGUCUUUCUCUAUCUCUAGCUUUUCCACUCUCACCACCACGCUUCCCUCUUUCAGAUUCAAAGUCUCCGCCAUGGUUUCCACCACCACUAGAGUUGUUCCCGCCGUCAUUGUCGGCGGUGGAAGAGUCGGAAAGGCUUUGCAAGAUUUGGGAGAAGGUCAAGACGUUCUCGUAAAACGUGGAGAGUCAAUUCCUCUUGAUUUCGAAGGUCCUAUUUUGGUUUGUACUAGAAAUGAUGAUCUUGAUUCUGUUCUUCAAUACACUCCUCUUUCCAGAUGGAACGAUUUGGUGUUUUUCCAGAAUGGAAUGUUGGAACCAUGGCUUGAGAGUAAAGGUUUGAAGGAAGGGAACCAAGUGUUAGCAUAUUUUGCCGUGUCAAAACUCGGAGAGACCCCUACUGAUGGUAAGACUGAUACGAAUCCUGAAGGAUUGACAGCUGCUUAUGGAAAGUGGUCUUUGGCUGUUUCUGAAAGAUUGCUAGCCGGAGGCCUCUCUUGCAAGGUUCUGGAGAAGGAAGCAUUUCAAAAGCAGAUGUUAGAAAAGCUCAUAUGGAUUUGUUCUGUCAUGCUUGUUGGAGCACGUCACGGAGGGGUUUCUGUUGGUAUUGUGGAAAACGAAUUUCGUUCCGAAUUAUGUAGCCUGAUAGCUGAGCUAGCCUCAGCAGCAGCAAGUGAAAAGGGGUUAACAUUUGAAGAAGCCAUUGAAGAACGAUUGUGUGCGUAUUCUCGAGCCGUUGCUCAUUUUCCCACAGCAGUUAAGGAGUUCAAAUGGAGAAAUGGUUGGUUUUAUUCUCUUUCUGAGAAAGCUACUGCCCAAGGCAAGCAGGAUCCAUGUCCUCUGCAUACUCAAUGGCUCAAAGAGUUGAAAGUUGUAUAAAACAUGAAGUUGAACAACUCUCAUUCAUGUGUCACUAGGUUACCAGCUUCCAAGGAGUAUAUUAAUCAGAUGAAUAUAAAAUUAAUGAUAGUCCAUAUUUUGUAUCCUUUCAUCAUGUAUAAUUGCUAAGUAAAACAAGGUUUGUGUUUUAGAAAUGAGAUGAGUGAUUUUAGAAACAUUUAAAACAAAUGUGGGAGAGGCUAUAUUUUGUGGUCCUUCAAAUUCUUGCAACAAGAAAAUUUUACAUUCAAAGUC